AAAGUUCACACAGCGGCAUUGCGUCCUUCCCGUUGUCGCUUCGAAUCGCGUGCAUAUCCGAGACGCUGAACGUACUUUGUGUAUCCGGACCGUCCAAAAGAAUCACUUGAAGCUAGCGCCGACCGAACUCUCUUCCCACGUUGGUGAACGCGCUUCAAGAGCCGGUACAAGGUGCAAGCAGCAUCGAGCCAUGGAUUAUCAGAACCGCGCGGGCUCCAAAUUCGGAGGCGGAGGCGUCGCGUCGGCGUCGGCGACGAAUCAAGACCGUAGAGAGCGUUUGCGCAAGCUCGCGCUCGAAACGAUCGACCUCGACAAGGACCCGUACUUCUUCAAGAACCAUGUCGGCAGCUUCGAGUGCAAGCUGUGUCUCACAGUCCACCAGAACGACGGGUCGUAUCUGGCCCACACGCAGGGCCGCAAGCACCAGACAAACCUUGCGCGCCGAGCAGCAAGAGAAGAAAAGGAAGGCAAGGCGCGCGAGGCACUGAUGACGGGCCUGCAGGUCGCGCCGAAGAAGCAGUACGUCAAGAUCGGGCGACCAGGAUACAGAAUCACAAAGGUGCGCGACCCGAUCACGAAGCAGGUCGGCCUGCUGUUCCAACUCUCGUACCCCGAGAUCGCCUCGGGCGUCAAGCCCCGGGUUCGAUUCAUGAGCGCCUACGAGCAGAAGAUCGAGGAGCCGAACAAGGACUAUCAGUACGUGGUGAUAGCCGCCGAGCCGUACGACACGGUCGGGUUCAAGCUGCAGGCAAAGGAGAUUGAUCAAAAGAGCAACAAGUACUUCCAGUGGUGGGACGAGGACAACAAAGAGUUCUGGCUGCAGAUCCUGUACAAGACCGAGCGUGAAGAGAGAUACGCUGCCGCACCAGGCCUCGCCAGAAGAUGAAGAGAAGACGACAAAGCCGGACUGACUGAUUUGCGAUUCACGGGCGAAGCUCGUCCCGAAGGAUCCGUUUCUGGGGCGGACCUUGAUGGAGACAACUUUUUUGUAGGUCGCAUUGGGCGAACAAAAGACGCGAGGGAAUUGAGAAAGUGAUCCUUCAAAUCGGGCAGGUUCACUUGCCUCCCAUGUUCAGUAAAGCCGAAAAAGAAUAGGGACGAAGACCAGCGUCACUACAAGCAAUAAUGCAUGAGAGUAGCACACUCAAAAAAUCAAAAAAUACAUUUGUGC